GCUGUUAAAAAGUCAACUCCAGCAACGGUCUCUACCGAAACAAACAACUCAAGUAAGGUGAUACCGGAAAAAGUUGCCAGCGAAUCUCCUGCAUCUACUUCGCGAAUCGAAUGUAGUAAGAAGUCUGAAACUCCAGCGCAAGACAGAUGCAGAACAAACAUUAACAAAAUGACGGAAGAGCUGAAUGCUAUCAAUAGAUUGGAAUCAAAUUUAACGAGCCAAACGAAAUCAAGGCAAAUAAAAAAAGCUCGUAUAGAGGAUAUUUGUGGCAAAGAUCCUGAACUUUCGAAGGCAUUGAAAGUACGAGCGGCCCCAGGAAGACCUAGAUUAGAAGAAAAAGUUCCCGAGCUGAUUGAAACAAUCAUUGAAAUCGUUUCUUUUUCGUCUGGGGCUGAUUCCAGACGUCGAUCAGAAAUGCUGCGAACUUGCACAACGCUUGACCAACUUACUGAGGAAUUGCGAAAAAAAUGUNAGAGUCCAAGAAGCAACAUUUUUAGUAUUUUACCGGAACGAUUUUUACCACCUCUGAUAAAAAUUGGACAAUCUUUUGAGCGUGGAAUCCGAGUUCAACCAGUAAAAAUAAUCAAGUACAGAAAUAACGAGGCUCUUUGCAUUAUACGCGAAUCAAACGAGGAAGAAAUAUUAGAAUGGAUAGAUAUUGAAGAUUUAGAAGAAGAGAGUAUGGAGGAAGUUCCAAAAAAUAAUGAGGACAAUAAGGACGAGUUUCCUGCAAUAGGAAAUAUGAAGGACUGCGCCCGCCGCGACUCAUGCUGCAUUGUUUACACUCUGGAGUCGGUGUAUAUAGGCCGCAGUGUUACAAGUUGUACACGUGUUCGUUAUUACGCCGCAGCGUACAUCUGUUCCACAUCGACUGCAGUGCAAGUGAUUUUUUCGUGUAAUAAAAGGUUUUCGACACUCGAGUUGUUCGACAGAGUCAAGAGUCUACGUGAAAAGGUCAACUGGCAGGUUGUAAAGGAGCGACGCGAGUUUAUUCGUCAACUCUAUCCCUUGACCAGGGAAGCGCAUUACGAUUUUCAAUCUCCGAUUAAUCUUCGCGAGAUCUUUCGAAAGGAAGAGAUCGACUGGCUUCUCUCGGAGGCUGUGAAGAGCUUGGAAUGCUACGAGGGAGAAGCCAUUAUCGAAUUCGUGUCCUGCAGCGGCUACAAGGACGAGCCCGACGUCGAUGAGGACGGCAAGCCACUGUUGCGUCGCACCACCGCCAUACAUCACGCUACUAGACGCUGGAUAACUGAUUGGAGUCUCAAAGUCGGCAGGCUCUUCAAAGUCUACGACAGACUCGACGUAAACUACAUCGACGAGUCCGGAUUGUCGCAUUUUCACGUGGCCUGCAAGUUUCGACGCGUCGACGUCGUCGAGAAGUUCCUCGAGCUCGGCCAGGAUCCCAAUUGCCUCUGGACGGAAACGGGCGAUGCACCGCUGCACAUGACCAUGUCGUCUCCGUUCGACUGUAAAAAGUCGACGAUUCGAGCGCUGCUAAGAGCCGGCGCCGAACCCAAUCUGGCCAACAAGGAAGGAUCCACGCCUCUGCACGUCAUCUGCAAGAGAGACAUAGACGAGAUACCCUCCGACGAAGCCGUGCUGAGGUUAUUUUUCCAGAUCGGCAAGGAAAUCGGUCGACCGGUGCGAGUCGACGCCCGGGAUAAGUCGGGUCGGACACCCCUUCAAUGGGCUGUGGCGCAUUGCAAGCCGAGCUUGAUCGAUGCCCUCUUGAAUCACGGCGCCAAAUUGUCCAACUUCGUUUUCCCAACUGAAGAUUAUUUCGGCGAGGGAUUCGAGCUUGAAAGCGACAAUUGGGGCGAUUACACGUUGAUACUGGCGUCUCGCGUUCUGACCGUGGUCGAGCGUCUGGAAAAAAGAGGAUACGGGCUGGACCGAGCUGGCGCCCUGACCAUCAUGAAAUUCCUCGCCAAGCACAACCUGUUCCAGAAAUCAGCGGUUCUCGAUCAGAGCUCGCGUCGCGUGAGACGUUGGCUCGAUAAUCAGAAAUUCGCGACCGAGGCGAAAAGAGUCACGGUGAAGCCGAGUCUCUCGUUCUACGAGCUGAUGCAGCUACGAGCCGAAGAGGUAGAAAAAGUACUCGCGUUCGCGGAUUGCUAUAAGUUCGCGGAAAUGAAAAAAUUGAACGAGCUGCCCCCGGGGACGAGUUGGAUCUGCAUCGUGCACCUGAUCGAGCUCAUGUCGAGAAAAUUUUGCCGACGAUGGGCGCUGGAUCCUCUACUGGAGCUCACGAGCUACCAAUUGCCGAUUCUCUGCUGUGAAAAAAUUAUCGAGAAGCUGAAGAACGAGAGUUUGUUCACCGUUUGCUUGGCGGCUGCAGGCCGAGCAUAGUUAUGUUAUUUUUUCAUAUCUGGUGUUACAAAUUGUUGCAGAUUUUCCAUGUGAAUUGAAUAAAUAAAUUUAA